AUGGGAAUUCUAAUCCGCAAUCCUUUUUUCCUCCACUUCAAGAAAAUACCUACUGCACUGAAGCUCUUAUGUGAUGAUAUUACUGGUUCUCUCGUUCUUUCCGAGCCUCUCAACAAAUUGAUAAAUCUAGUGCGAGUCAAAGUGGAUGAAGCUCUCCUCAAUUCUAUGAUGCAAUUCUAUGAUCCUCUUCUUCAUUACUUUACUUAUAGGGAUUUUCAGUUGGUACCUACAUUGGAAGAAUUUUCUCAUAUAAUGGACAUCCCCAUACCUGAUCAGAUUCCUUACACUGGUGAAGAAGGAGGUCCUAAGUUGGAAGAUAUUGCUGCUGCUUUACAUUUGCCAAGGACAGAAAUUAAUGAAGUGUGGAUCAACAAAAAAGACUACUCCGGAAUACCUGUGGAUUUCUUACAUGAGAAGGCCAAGAUCUUUGCUAAAGCUCUAAGCAUGGAUGCCUUGGAAAGUGUUCUAACUCUGCUGAUAUAUGGACAAGUUUUAUUUCAUCGUUGCGACAAAGUUGUUGAUAAGGCCGCUAUCAAGAUUUUCCUUAGCAAGAAUCCUGUUCCUACUUUACUUGGUGAUUUGUUGCACUCCAUCAACGCCAGAAGAAUUAUGAAGCUUUCUUACGAUGACAUCAUCUGGUAUCCAAAAAAGUUCGAAGGUGUCCAGUUAUUUGAUCGAUGUGGAGAAUUUCCUAAUGUGCCUCUUCUUGGCACCCGAGGGGGAAUCACUUAUAAUCCUAUCCUCGCUCGACAUCAGUUUGGUUUUGCUUUGAAAGAUAGACCACGUUCCAUAUAUCUUAGUGCGGAAAAUUUUGACUAUGGUUCUGACACAACUGGAAAAAGGAGUCGUUUCAUUAAAGCUUGGUAUGAGGUAAAAAAGGUGGGCAUCAGAGAUUUGGGAUUGAGAAACUAUACUCCUUCAGAUCUCUAUUUUAAAUGGAUUUACGAUCGAGUUGUUGACUUUGGAAUACCAUAUCCAUCUGACACGCCUAUAGUUCCAAGGAUUACUCCUCCAGAUGUCCGUGUAGAAUUGGAGCCUUAUGUACCCGCUCCGAACGAAGACCUUGCUGCCACCGUUGCUCACUUAAGACAAGAAAAGGCUGAUCUUGAGAAGCGUCUACAAGAGGUUGAGGCAGAAAAAGCAAUACAAUCAUGGGAACGAGAGAUUGAUAGACUUAUCCAAGAAAAGAAUGAGAUGGUUAAAGCCCAUAAAGAAGAAAUCCGAGGAUUGAAGAGGAAACGCCGACUUGAAGAUUGA